UUCCAUCAUCCCCACACUGCCUUUCCACGACACCACGUCCCCUCGCCCAACCUAUCUCCGCGAACAUGGGACAACCUCUGGUACAGACGAUCCACCGGGAUCCCGCCCUGUUCUGGUGGAUCCUGCUCCCGAUUACUGUGGUCAUGGUCCUGACGGGCAUCCUCCGCCACUACGCAAUGAUCCUCCUCCAGACGGCGCCGAAGAAGCAAGAGCUCCCCAAGAUCCGGCAACAACGCGCGCUCGUCCGCGGCAUCAACCUUCGCGCCAAUGCAAAUGUCCUGACACCUGCCUCCUUCCAGGCUCGCAAGGCGUACAUGGUGUCUGCAUUCCAGGAAGGCAAGUUUUUGGCGGAGCCGGAGGCGAGGGGCAAGCCGAGACCGAAUCCCAUGAGCGACCCCGCGGCCAUGGAAGGCAUGAUGGGCAUGAUGAAGGGGAAUAUGGCCAUGAUGAUUCCGCAAACGCUGAUCAUGGGGUGGAUCAAUGCGUUCUUCUCAGGCUUUGUUAUCAUGAAACUACCCUUUCCAUUAACGCCACAAUUCAAGUCGAUGCUCCAGUCAGGUGUUGGCACCCGCGAUCUAGAUGUGAGAUGGGUUUCCAGUCUCUCCUGGUAUUUCCUUACCUUAUUUGGGCUCCAGCCCGUGUAUAACUUCAUCCUUGGAAGCAACAACUCUGCAAACAACGUAACGCAGCAGAUGGCCAUGGCUAAUCCAGGAGCUGGUCUGAUGGGUCCCGAGCAGGACCCCGAUAAGCUCUUCUUGAGCGAGGCCGAGAACUUGGAGGUGCUCGAACACCGCUGGAUUUUGGACGGAAUAGAAGAUCGCCUGAUCGCGAAGAUGGCCGCCUAGAGCCUGCCAUUUGCUGGGAUGUCAAACGACCAUAGUCACAGCCACCUGCGGCAGUGGAAGGACUGAAGGCGCAGUCCACGCUUUGAGAGGGCGCAUUUAGCUAUAACGCCGCGCUGUGACUCGCACACGUUAGUGCAUGAUGCUCAGCCAGCCAGACAACUAUCAGUAUUUUGACUUUUCAUGAAUGAGAUUGACCC